ACCUACCUACCUACCACCGACUUACCAGCUUACCCAACCUCGUAAGUCCUUGUAUCCACAGCAAUGCGUAACACGCGCUGACCAUCCACUGCAGCAUCGCAUUCACGCAGCCAAGCCAACCAAACCAGCACACGCAAUGGCCAUAAAAGUCACGCCCCUCACGGAGACCGACAUCCCCGCAGCGAUUGAAAUCAUCCAGUCCGCAUUUGCAGAGGAUCCGUAUUUCCAGUGGGUUUUUGAAUCUGAGCAGUUCAACAAAGAGCGCAAUUCCGAUUCGCUCGCUGUGCGAUGUCUCUGGGGGAUCAAGAACGCGAUCUUUCACGUUGCGAGGGAGGUAGCAGACUCCGAUACCGAUUCUGACACCAUUAUCGAGAGCGAAUCCUUCUUAUCCUCGAAAGAAGGAGAAGAAGAAGAAAAAAAAGGAAAAGCCCCCGUCAUCGGCGUAUCCUGCUGGCUACCGCCCCAGCCCCCCUCCACGCCCCCCAGCUGGUACACCUGGACGCAAGACUGGCUCCUCUCGUGCCGCCAGAUGCUCAACAACGUGCGACACUGGGGCCGCGGCGGGCUCCGCACGAACCGGUACUGGAUCUGGAAAGCGCGGCAGCAGGACGCCCAGAGCCAGAUCUGGGACGACCCACGGGGGUACUACUUCUGCAAUAUUGUCGCGGUGAGCCCCCGGUGGCAGGGCCGGGGCGUGGGGAGGAAGCUCUUCGAGGCCGUCACGGAGCGGGCGGAUCGCGAGGGCGUCCGCUGUUAUCUGGAGAGCUCGAGGGAUGUGCCGAAUGUGAGCAUUUAUGAGAAGCUGGGAUUUGAGAUGAGGAUGGAGAUGGAGUGUCGGGAUGGGGGGGAUGUUUGUAUGCUUUACUGUAUGGUUCGCGAACCAAAAGCUGGGCAGUGAUGGGGAUGGGGGCUCUGGAAGUUUGGUUUGAACGGAGUACUAGUUCGCAGUUCGCAGGAUUGGGGGUUGGGGUUCUUUUUCUGGUUUGGGGGAUGGUGCGACAGGACAGCAU